UUAUCGAUGUUUUUCAACCCUGUCUAAAUUUUGAUGACUUGAAUUUUUAAAUUCUAAUCAAAACAAAAGGAAUUUUCAUGUUAUUUCUGGCUUUAACAAACAGUCUCCUCACGCCUUUUCUAUGUGCUCGAUUUGGAUAACUGCUUUUAGUUUGUACUGAAUAGUCAUUUGUGCAUUGUGCUCAGUUUGUAACCGAUGAAAGCCAUAUACAAGAAUUGAAAUCAUAAGCAAAACAAUGUCGUUACACCAAAUUAUUCGAAUGGUUGUUAUAACUUUACUAGCUACUUCUGUUUUAUCUGAAAAUAAAUAUAGUCGUACUGCCAAUGAAAAGAAGAAAGGCGACAUUGAUUUCAGGACCCUGGAAAAGCCAUUCAGGAUGAAUAAGUUGAAUUUGGUUUGGCUGAAGGCACAACAGCGACUAACAGAGCCAAAACUAAAAUCCCUGUAUAGUGAUCUAAUGAUCCAAGAUAAAGAAGAGAUAACAUACAAAAGGGUGAAAAGUGAGGGUGGCGAUAAGGAAGGCCUGCGUGAAGCCGACCUGCGCCGCAAGCUAACCACUAUUAUGAGCAACUAUGGUCUGCGGGAACAUUUUGAGGAUUCAUCUUUGGGCAGACAGAAGCAGGAUCCAGCUUACAAUGAAGCAAUGGAGGGAUAUAUAAACAAGAGCUUAUUCAAAGACAAAAAGCUCAACAUGCUGUGGGCCAAAGCUGAAGCAUCCGGAUUCACCAGUGAAGAACUGGCGGCUCUGAGGGAAGAGUUCACGCAUCACCAGGACAAAAUAGACCAGUACUACGAUUUACUGGUCAACAUGGAGGCUACAUCGAAAGACGAGUAUAAAAAUGCUGUAAAUGACGAGGAAUUGGACAAGUUUAAUGAGAUUAAUCCCGAGAAAGACAACGGAGAUAACCUGAGCAAGGACUACUUGGACAAGGCCAACUUGGUGAGAGAGAAACACAGGAGUCUGCGCGACGGAUAUGAUCGCCUGCAAAGGAUAUCUGCCAAAGGUCCCACUAACAGGGAGUUCAUAGAGCCAAAAGUGCAAGGACUUUGGAAAAUGGCCGCAGCUGCUAAUUUCACUGUUGAUGAACUUGAAUCUUUGAAGGUGGAGCUGAAGCACUACGAGUCUCGCCUGUUGAAGUUACGCACUCUACACGCCGAUCACGUAAGCAACUUUGACAAGCAUCGUAGCAAGGUGGCAGCGGCCGGUGACAAGAUGGACCAAUUUGCGGAUCAGCAGCAGAUGAUAAAGAAGCACUCGCGCAAGGUCGAGAAGAUGCACGCAGACAUCGAAGGACGUAUCAUGGCGCGACACACGGAGUUGUAGAUGUGUAGAUACCAAGAUACUUAGAUCAUAGUAUAGCUAAACCAUCGCGGCGCGUCUGAGGUGGCGUGCAAAGGUGGAGGGUUACUAAGAGACAUUUUUCUCAUGUCACGCAAUAACAAAAAAAAAAA